UUAGGUUAGGAGUACAUGCAGAGGUUUCAUACUGGUAACUAUUUUCAUUAUUACAUAUCUUUUAUUUAUUUCUUUACCAGUUUAAAAGAUGCCACACUCGGUGGUCAACACAAGUAUUACACAUGUACGGUGAUGAUGAUUCAUGUUUCCAUGACAACAGGUGGUAAUUAGCACCAAUGAUGUUUUGAAAACAUACACCUAGUGUGGCAGUGUAUACUUUUGUUUACAGGAGAGUAGUGUUGCAGUGAAGAAUCACUGUGUGUAUGGUGGACUAUGUUUACGGGUGUGAUAUGAUUUUAAAUGUUGGAUCAUGUUCUGAAGCAUCAAUGAGGAUGUCUUGUUGGUCUUUUUACAGGAAGGGUUAGGAAAUCAAUGAUGGAUUUACGUUUGUGUCAGUCAUAACUUCUGUUACUGUACACAGGAACCAGUUGCAGUUGGACACUGAACAUGAAUAUUUAGUUUGAGAAGAAAAUCUGUGUCAUAUGUUCUUUACUAAGAAAAGGUGCCCAGUAUACGGUAAUUUGUCUAAAACCAACAAGGUUUUGCUUUGAUGCUUAUGCUGCAGUGGCGGGGAAUGGCAAACAGCGCCCAAUGUGAAGGCAUCUCGGUUCUGUGUACACAAGUUUUGGAGAAGUUUGCGUACUGUUGCGCCUGCCGUCGACGUAGACGUCCAGUCAGCGCUUGAACACGGAGGAGAGACGGGCACAAGAUUCUAGUGUCGGUCAAACCAUUCCUGUUGGCAGAACAAGGAUAUUUAUUACUGAUCCAUCUCGUGCAAUUGUUUUGUGACCAACUUUGUUUCUCUGGAUUACAGAAAAAGUGAAAGUACCCUACAAAGUGGAAUGCCUGUGCAGAAAACAACUGUCCCAAGAUGUGUUGAUGAUGAAGCAUGCCUGUGAAGCGAUGGAUAUACCAACACUGUCUUCGUUGCAGAUAUGAAGGAGUACCAUAACUUUGAGGAAAAUUCUUUUAUGACUGAAACUAAUGGAACAGUUUACAUUCGGAUAGCGAUACCAGAACUGACCGUGCAGAAAUGUCUACAGUUCCAGCUGGAUGACACGGUGUGGCAGGCCAAACAGCGUAUUCUCCAGGCCUUUGCUAAGGACUUGCGAGAUCCACUAAACUAUGGACUCUACCUGCCACCCACAAACGGAAGAGCUGGCAAGUUCCUGGAUGAGGAGCGAGUCCUGCAGGAGUAUCCCCUACAGGGCCCCAUUGGCUUCCUUGAGUUCAAGUACAAGAGGCGUGUGUACAAGGUUAUGCAGAUUAACCCUCGCAAGCUAAAGCAGCUGCAUACAAAAUCUAAUUUGAAAAGUUUCUUGGAGUGUGUUCGGAGUGGUAACAUUGACAAGAUCAACAAGUCGACCAGUAAAGGCUUGGAUCCGAACUUUCAUGACCAAGAUAGUGGAGAAACCCCUCUGACAAUAGCAGUGACACUAGGCCGGGACAAAUGUCGCGACGCCAUCAUCAGUUUGAUCAGCGGCGGGGCACACAUCGACUUCCGCAACAAGCAGGGCCUGUCGCCCAUGCACCGAGCGGCCAUUGUGGGAAGCAUGGAGGCAGUGAAGGCAUUACUUGACCUGGGAGCGUCGCCCAACUACAAGGAUGCCCGGGGACUGACUCCCAUCUAUUACUGUGUGUCGAACGACACUAACCCGCUGUGUGCAGAAAUAUUACUGCACGAACGAUCACAGAUCAACAUUCAAGACGAACAGGGCUGGUUUGAGAUUCACCAGGCUUGUCGAUAUGGGCGGGUUCAGCAUUUGGAGCACCUGCUGUAUUACGGAGCUGAUAUAGAUGUGCAGAACGCCAGCGGAAACACGCCACUCCAUGUGUGUGCCAUCAACAACCAGGAGUCGUGUGCGCGAGUUCUUCUGUUCCGAGGUGCCAACAAGAAUGUCGUCAACUACAACAACCAGUCUGCAUACGAGGUGGCCAUCAUCGCCAGCAACUUCGAGCUGGCUGAGAUCAUCAAAGCGUACAAGUCGGAAGAUGCAGUGCCUUACCGUGAGAUCCCGAAAUACAGCGAGCGCCGCAAGUUGUCCGCGAUGACACCAAGCAUCCGAGCGUUGGUGCGCAGUCGCAGUGACCCGCGUCUCAACAUCAGCGCCAUCGAUGACCAGUUCACGCAGUCCACGAUGAGCCUGCAUCCUGGCGAGCUGUACGGAUCCUACUCACCGUCUCGCGAGUACAACUCGGACUCACCUCGCUCGCUCAGCAUCUCCAGCACCAGCUCUGGACCAGUUUUGAGUGUGGGAGACCAUGGUUACUAUGAAGGGCGUGUCGAAAACAGAGAAGGUUGGUUUCCUAGCAACAAUGUACAAGAGGUCAGGAUGCGCAGAGCGGGAUCUCAUGGUGACAAUGGGGACAUCUUUUAUUUACCGUUCACUCUCUGUUCACCCUUUCGGGGCAGCACAAUGAGCCAGAGAGCUAUCAGAAAGCGGUCUGUUGAGAAAGCGAGGCAGGCCGUUGAUCCCCCGAGGGCUAAGACUCCAUUGUUUCCAAUCAACAAAUUCAUAACCCUGCCCAAUGGGAUCCGGCCAGGUAAAGCUGCCUCGGGUGACAACAGUGGGGUUCCCGUGACCACACUACCGCACAAAGCAGGUAUGCCCAUCAAGGUUGUGCAUCUGAAGUACGACUGUGUAGAAUCGGACACCCAGCGACGACAACAAGCGGCCGCUCAUCUUACACACGGCCAGGGAGUUGUCAGUGCAAGCAUACAUCCAGGUGGUUUGAGAUUGACGGCCACCGCCAAGCUAUCAGAGGACCAAUUUAAAGGAAGGCAGCAGAGAGUAAACACGGCAGUAAGUGGGUCGCAUGUGUCCACCGUGGUCCAGCGGACCUCUCAAUCAAAAGGUGCUGCUGUAUCAGCGAGGAGGUAUUACAAAGACAGCUGCCGUGAAUCACCCUCCGAGGUGCAGCGUGUUUCGUUGUCACCACCACCCCUAAACACCAACAACUACUGUUUGUCAGCGACGGAGUACACACCUGUGCAGGUAAAUGGUGAUGUUGGAUGCAGCAGAGUUGCAGCUGGCGGUGUGCUUUAUAACGGCGACUACUGUGGUGUGGACCAGCUAUGUACACCUCCAGUGUUUGAUCACUGGCACGGCCACGACGCGAGGAACGGUGCCAGCAGGUCACCUGUAGGCUAUUCCCAACCUCAUCCGCUGCACAUUGUCCCAGCCAACGGAAUUAACAUCAACAGUCACUUGGAAGAAGUGACGGCAACAACGUCAUGGAAGGGAGUGACACAUUCUGGCACUGAUAUAGUGCUGGUGUGUAAGGAAAAUAAUAAUGUUAUUGUGGCCGGUGGUGGUAAGAAAAAUGGUAGACCGGCUGAUAAGUAUGUGAUUAGAAAAGCAAGUGAGCCCAAUUCCAAUCGGUGUAUUAUGAUGGGAAAUUACUAUGACCCCCAUGAUUUUUACGGGGAAGGCAGGAGGAUGAACAUGCUGCAGUCUAAGGCCAGGUUUUCCAGCAUGCCUUCACUGUUCACAAAUAAAGACAUGGAUUACAAAAAAGCUUUAAAACUGGAGAAAAAGCGAGAGAAAGAGGAGAGAAAGCGGCUAGAGAAGGAGGAAAAAAAGAGGAGGAAAGCAGAGAAGAAAUAUGCUAGUUUAAACAUAAAAACUUUACCCAAGAAUUGGAAUUAUGUGACAAGACCCAUAGAGGAAGUGUAUUUACGACCGCGGAUGAGGUUAACUGCUGUUCCUAUAGAUUUCGAGGAUGGGCCUGUUACCUCUCACAGUCCCCCCUCCAUACCUCCACCCCCUCCCCCAGGUGUUAGAAUGCAGCGUAGGGCAUUACAUUCCAGUGCCCCUGAUCUUCUCCGGAUACAGCAAGUUUAUGGAACUUUAUCUCGAGAAACUCGCAACCAUCAAUAUACUCUUCCAAAAACUGAAUAUGCACCACGUACAGUCAUAUUACAGAAAGGAUCUGAAGGUUUUGGAUUUGUCCUCCGGGGAGCUAAAUCCCAAACGCGUGCAGCAAAUUUGGACUUCCAGCCGACCCCUGAGUUCCCAGCACUGCAAUACCUGGACAGUGUGGACGUGGGCAGCCAGGCGGACAGAGUCGGGCUUAAGUCCGGAGACUUCCUACUUGAGAUCAACGAUGAAAACGUAGUGCGUGCGUCCCACGAGCGUGUGGUACAGCUGAUCCGGUCGUCACGUGACCGUCUCAAGAUGAAGGUCGUCACGGUGCGCCCUCUGGAGAAAGACAACGACUGGUUCAUCCAUCAAGAUGGUGCGAUGACUCUACCCAACAGAAUCAAACGACUAGCUCCAGCCCCGCCCAAACGAGAUCCGCAGACCUCUUUGUCCUACAGUAAAGGAACAUCCAGGUCAAUGGCCGAUGGAAUGGAAGAAAUUGCCAAAUUGGAUCAAAUUGUAGCUGAAUUUGAAGGCCAGACUAUUGCCCAGCGACCACCUGUUAUGAAUAAUGUACCAGGAGAACCUAAAAUCGCAUCUGUGAGGGCCGCCCAUGCUGCCAAACGCAUGUCAGUGGUUGACCUCGAUAACAUCAUGGUCAAAGAUGACAGCAGCUCUAAAGGCAAGGAAUACAAGAGUCCAUCGGAGCUGAGGAUUCAGAAGUACCACAAAAAGCAUAACGGAAUAAUGGAGAGAUCGAAAAGCACACCUGACCUUGUUGCUGAAAUUGAGGCAGGCCAUCAUGGGGAGAAUAUCUAUGCAAAAGCGAACAUUCAGACGGGUGCUGGAAAUGUGGUGUACAAACAGAACGGGGGCGUGUGGAACAGGUCUCCUACAGCUGCUCACAAAGAUGGCUCUCCACGAAGCGGCAUGAGGACGGUCAGCUAUGCUGGAUCGGUCCAGAAACCUCCCGUUUACAUGGACCCGUCAGCACUGCAUGCUGGAGUCUACAGUGGGAGUUACGCCAAGGUGUACGAAGAACCCAAGUACAUGAUUCCUGCAGUGCCUGGUCGGAACCCAAUACCAAAGAGACCAGCACCUCCACCGCCUUCGAAGGGGGAAGUAGUGUCUAUAAACACGACUGCAAGUUCUAAUGGGAUAUAUGCAAAUGUCUCAGAAGAAAUACAGGUGAGAAAGAAGGAAGAGUCACCUUAUGAAUCUAGUUUCCGGCCGGGCACAUUGGCCAGACUGAGCAAACAUCCCCAAGUGUUGACCAACUCCUUGGAACAGGCUAAGCUGAAGUCUCACCAAAGAAGUGCCAGUUUGGGUAACAUUGACAUGCCCAAUGAUGAUGAUGGCAAACCUUCCGUGUCCUUUGCCGAAGACAAAGUGUUUCAAAAUGCAGCAUCAUUCAUCCAGAAACAUCCCAAUGCGACUCUUCUGGUAACAGCAGAUGUCUACAAAGCCCAGAAUAAAAGUGGCAAGUACUAUGAACCCGAGCCAGACUAUGAUGACCCCAGUGAUGAGGACAGACGGCUGCAUGCUCAGUUGAGUAAUAGAGCCCAACAAAGUUCUAACUCCAGUACUUCCUCGCAGAGAUCAUCAGUAGCUAGGUCUGAGAGAAAGAUGUCGAGUGACAGUUCAGGCACAGUCACUGUGAUAUCCAUCAAAGCAGAUCAGUUGAAAAAAGAUUCGCCACUUUCUAACAAACGAUACACUAUUCACUCGGACAUUCCAUCCUCAAUUUCAGCACUUCAGUCAGAGCGUGAAGCUUCAAAAAUCAUAAUACCUCCCCGACCGAAUGAACCAGCGCCUCUCCCUCCAGCAGUGCCUUCUAGCUCGGACAGUUCUAGACGAUCAUCACUCCAGUCCAAUUUUAGCGGUGAUCGUGACAAUUCGUCGGAAAAAAUUACGGCCAUGUACCCAGCAUACUACAAUCAAAAUUCAAACAAUAAGUACAAGUCUACAUCUAGUACAGACAGAGUCCACAACAGCAGCAGUAGCAGCAUUUCAACGACAAAAUCUUCGCCAUCUGUUGUUCACAAACCUCCUCCUGAAAGUGCCCCACCUCCUCCCCCACCACCACCACCUGCUCCCCCAGCUGCUCCACCACCACCCCCACUUCCAUCAACAGAUCCACCACAGCUGAAAAAUCAAAACGACAAGCCGCAGCCGUUAAUACCACAAGUGAGCUCCUUGGACAUCAUGGCUGCCGUUGCCAAGCGGCAGGUCAGAUUAGAUACAGAGGGACCGAGAAUGACGGAGGAGAAACCAGCUCCACCUAAAGAUCCCGUCAAGGAGAAGCUGACCAUGAAUCAGGAAGCUCUGAAAGCAGCUGUUGAAAGGCGUAAGAACAUCCUUAAUAAAAAUGCAGACACUGCAGUGGUGGAGUCGAUUGAAGCGCGACUCCAGAAGACGAAGAAAUUGCAAGCAGCAAAGUAUUUCUUUUCUAGUGACACCAUGAAACGUGGUGGCGGCACAAAUAAUGAUACAGUAGAGGCGGAAAGCAAACAGGAGGCGAAAAAAGAGGAAGGUGAUGCUAAAGUCGAAGGUCAGGUGAAAUCUGUUUUCAGUUCCAGCACGCUGAAGAGUGCAAAGACCUCAAAAGCAUCUAGUGUUAGCAAUGAUGUUCCAAAGAGUACAAAGAGUGUGCCAGCACCAGUUCCUGUCAAAACAACUGCUGUACAAAAAUCACCCCCCAAGCCAGCUGCUAAGGUAGAGAAAGCGGCUUCCCAGCCAUCCAGUCCAAACACAGGCAAAACAAAAUCUGAGUCUCAGCCCAGUGACUUUCUUGCUUUGGCUGAAAAACGACGACAGGAGUAUCUAAAAAAGAAGUCGAGUAAGGAUGAUGGUGGUACUGCAAGCACACUUCCUCGAGCAAAACAAAGUUCAUCAGCAUCAAAAGCAUCCCCUUCCAAUCAUCAUGGCAAAACAAUCGAAGUGUUACCAGCCAAACAGACAAGCAAUGGUGAUCAUUCGAAACUAGCAAAACAAGGCAGUAGUGAUGACGAUAGGGAUACAAAGAUAUCCAUCAAGGACAGGAUAGCGAAACUGGAAAAGAGAAAGAAGGAGAACAUGGAGGUGAUAGGUGUUACCGAGGAUCACUCUCACACUGAUGGAGGGUCCACUCUUCACAGGAAGGGUCAUCACACCAAUGGGUAUGGUUUCGUUGCACCUCCUCCUGGCUUUGGUGAUUCUUCCGGUCAGACGGCGAGAGAUGGUGUGGUUCAGAUAGAUAUCAUUCCUCCACCUGCUCACUUCGCCAACGAGAGCAGUACCGACGAAGGUGUGCAUUCGGGGGACCAAGGCGGUUCCUCUGCAUUUGGCCACGACGACGCUGCCAGUCAAGUGUCCUCCGUGUCCACGAUCAGUACUCUAUCCAGCGAGCCUGGUGAGGGGGGUGGUGCCUCCAGGACAAACCGGUCAUACGAGAUCGCACCACCACCACCCCCUGGGUUUGACGAUUCCACUGAUCCGACCUACGAGGAGAUUCAGGGCAGUGGGUUCAUCCCACCGCCACCCGAGUUUGGGAGCGGUUCGCAGGAUGCUUCCAACAAGAACAAGCCAAUGCGACCUUUCCAGACGAAGCCAGUGGACUCGUGGCUGUGUACGGAUGUGAUGGACUGGCUGGAUAGUCUGAACAUGUCCCAGUACAAGGCAGGCUUUGCUAAAAACUGUAUCGACGGUCCCAAACUGCAGGGGCUUGGUCGGAACGAUUACAUAGAGCUAGGCGUGGUACAGGUCGGACACAGAAUGAACCUGGAGAGGUCCAUCAAGAAAGUGGCUAUGGGGAAGUCAUCAGCGGAGGUUGUAAGGUUGUGAAAGAUUGUGGUUGUAAUGAUGAUGAUAUUCCUUUGGUGUAGUUCUGGAACAUGGUGUGUGAAUCGAUAUGAACGGAUUAUUGGAAUACUAUAUUUAGUGCUGUUUUUUAAACAGGAAGGUAUGCACACACAUGUAUAUUGGAUUGGAAAUGAGAGUAUGAAAUUAAAUAUAGUUUCUUGUGGAUUGUAUUGGAUUUUCCCCAGAUUUAUUGUGCACCACACUGGUAAUCUGGACAUAGUGUGUAAAUAACUCUUGGAAUGUUACCAGUACAUUAUAUAAUCUGAAAUGUAAUAUGCAGUUGUGAUUCAUCGGCCUGGAUUAUACAUUCCACUUACUAGAGUUUGUGAAUGGGUGUUGAGUUUGUAUCACCCAUUCUCCUAAACAUGGAUUACGCAGAUGAAGUAACAGGAUUAUAUAUUUGUUCUUGAUUCAUAAACUCAGCAAUGUGUUUGUAAUGGACUGUUUUAUAAGGUGAAUAAGAAUCUUGUGAUAGUGUGUUUGUAAACUGUACACUCUAGUCUGUGAAGACAGGUCAGCAGCAUUACAUUGGAGAUUAUUUCUUAGAGACAUUACUUGUAAAAACAUUAUAAUUUCUGUUUGCAGACAAAAUUAAUGUAAUAAUAUUGUUGUUCUUUCCUGUAUUCUAGAAAACCUUGCUUUCAAAUGACACACAUUUUAUUCUUUAAGUAUAAACAUAUCUUUGAUGUUUUGUGAUUACUCAGAUUAUACAGUGAACUCAGUUUUAAUAUACUUCUGAAUUACAAAUGUAAUUGGCAUUUACAAUGCUAUAGAAUAUAGCAUUGUAUUUGGACUGUAACAUCCUGUCAUGGACAUCCACACUGAAGAUGCUGGAACCUUGAUAUAAAAUGCUAAUGCUAAUUUAACUUCCAAAUCUGCCAAAAUGAUCAAAGACGUUCACAGCACUUAAAAUCAAAACUGACAAAUGACGACAAACAGUAGUGAAGCAAUUAAUUGUGUGAUGGUUUUAUUUAGGAAUCAACUGAUAUUCAUCUACAUCGCACAAUAAAACAACAGCAUGCAAGAAAUCUAAACACUCUCUGUAUAUAAUACUAAUUACUACAUGUAACAAAUACCUGUAAAAAAACGAGUAAAGUUUCAUCAAUUAGACAGCAAAUGCGUUAUGAUAUCAUUGGUUAUAUCUACAUGGUUUCAUUUUAAUUUUAAUUUUUAAUUUUUAAAUGUUGAACAACAACUUUUAAUGGAAUUUAGGUAUAUUUAUCUGAAGCAAUAUUUUAUAAUUAACUUUGAACUGUUAUAUGUCAUUUGUUAACAUGUUUUAGUAUAAAUCAAAAUGAAUGAGACUAGAAUCUUGAAAGAAAACAGUUAUUUUUACAUGUACUUAUUAGUUUCUGUCUUGUCUUUAUCAGUGGAUGGAAGGCUGUACAUUCCUAUAGUAAACAUUCCAUGAAAUGUCCAUACAAUGAAUAUUUACAAAAGGCUUGUAUUUUAUUGUUUUGUACAUUACUGUUCAUAUGUUAUUGUUAUUUAACUUUUUAAAGAUUGUAAAUACGCUCAUAUUUUACUAACAGUGUAUAUUCUGUAUCAUAUAUAUAUCCUAGUCAGAACUGUUGGAGUAAAGUUGUAAAUGUUUAAAGAAUGAGAGAUACAGUUUGUUGGUUACUUUAAUUUGCACACAAUUUACACAUUGUGCAUUAUGCAAUUUAGAGUUGUCUCCUCCAAUUUUCAUGGACACAUUAAUUUUGUAGAAAAUAUAAAAUGUCCUAAUUUUUCCAGAUGUUACAGUAAUAAUAUAUUUAUGUACAUGUAUUAGUUGAGGCAGUAUGAGAAAGAAAUCAAAUAAAAUCAAAGAACAGAUGAUUUGAAUCAAACUUCAAGGUACUCAGUAUUUUAUACAGCAUUCUUAAUUUAUGCAGAUGGGUUUCGUAAUAUCCAGUGUUACUUUAGGACAAUUCAGUUGGUUUAUAUUCCAUCAGAAUUUCUGUUCAUGACAACAAAAGUUUUUGAAAAAAAGAGGAAAAAACAUUUUGAAAGAGAUGAACAUUACAAAAACUUAGCUGAUAGGAAGUCACUGUGACAUUAUAUACACUUUCCCAGACAGGACAGUACAUACCACUGCCUUUGAUAUACCAGCUGUGGGAUAUUGAUUAGGAUGGGGUAAAACCCAAUGGGUCUGGUGAGCAGGUUCAGUCCUAUAGGAUCCAAUCACUUCAGGUGAUCAAUCUACCGACUGAGCUGAAUAAAUGGCAUACAUUAUCAAUAAUUACAUGUAUUGUAAUUUCCAUUUAAUUUGAGGAGAUGAUCACAAUUUGUUCAGUCACACACCUUGUACAUGUGUAUGUUAGUGGUAGCAUAUUACACAUAAUAGUUAUUACAUUAUAUGCUGUUCAAAAUUUAUAAAACAAAUUUGUAACUUUAUUUUAAAUCUCACUCUAGAAAUAAUACAAUACUCAUAAAUAUCUUGCAGUAAAAAUAUAUAAAAAUUAAAAAGUGUUUUUCGGUGAUAACAAAUUCCUUGAAGCAUGCUGAUGUACUAGCGAUUAUCAGUUUUAUGUAACUACAUGUGUGUGAAGAUUAUGGUAUAGAGGUGUGAUGUUACAGCGGAACAUGAGAUGUUUAUAGAAAAUAACAGAUUAUCAAUAUGAACCAUAUGGAUAUAUUACCUAUUGUUAAUGCUUAAAAUUAACAUUUAUUUUAUUCCUUAGAUUACUUAAUUUUAAUUUGAUUUCUGUAUAACUAUAAUUUUUAGGUUUUAAUUAUCAAUAAAACUCUCUACUUUGUAUUUUUAUAAUAGUAGCCCACAAAAUAUGAAUUACUUCUGUACUUCUGUGCUUUUAACAUAAUUUUAUUUAUAUUAAGAAUAAUUAGAGUUUGACAAAUAUGCAAAAACAUUACAGGCUAAAACCUUGACCCAGUCCUCACAUACAGUUUCGAAAGAAGCAAUAUCAGUCAACAGAUUGUAUGUGUAUUAAAUUAACCAUACCAUUAAACAUUGUUGUCUGUGUUUUUUUACUAUUGGUUGCCAUGACAAACAGAACAUACAAUUUUAUGAUAUAGUUUUAAUAUUUGGCUAUAGUGUUAACACCUGACUGACUACUUUUAUUAUAAAGAACACAAAUACAAAUGAUAGGCUAGUAUGGUUAAGCUAACUGUGUUAGUGUGAUAUUUUUCUUUUCAAUAUUUUUGUUUAAAUACUAAUCAAACCAAAUCAAAAUCAUUUAUUUCAUAUAUAUGAAUCAUAACAAAUGGCAUACAUUUGUAAACAUAUACAUAAUAAGUACAUAUAAUGGUUACAAUACCAGUGCAGGAUUUGAUUUCAGAGUGGUUGUUCUUUAAUGGUUAAGUUUCAGAAUAUUCAGUUGCUAUUUAUAUUGAUUUAAUACUCGAUUUUGAACAUUUUUCAUAACACUGUUACAGCUAGUUUUACAGCCCCUAAAAGUUUUUAACACCUUACUGAUAGUAGUAAUUUGCUCACACAAGCACUGACUGUUGUGUUACUGAAAAUAAAGUGCUAAUUUUUUCAAAUAUGUAUCAUUGUUGAGAUGUUUAUCUUUGACUGCAUGCAGUGGAAUUUAACAUAUCAACAAAUUUAAUUUACUGAUAUUGUGAAUGUCCCAUCCAGGCUCCUGAGAAAUAGAAAAUCUGCAUGACCCAUUUAUCGGUUACUCAAAAACAAAUUUAGAUAACCAAUUUUCUUUUUGCAUAACCUGUUAUGUCCACUUAACUGAUGUCCAUAAUUUAAUGCACAAACAAAAAUGCGGGUUAAGCAAAAUUAGAUUUAUGUGAGAUACAUGCAAAUGAAACGAUCGCUCUAUAAAUUUCUGCCCAUCUCAAAGACAGGUUAAUGACAUUUUACAACUCCACACUGAUUCAUUCCAAUAACUAUUUGUUACACUAAUAUUGAGAUUAUUAGCAUACUACACCUCAGUAUUUUUCAUUUGUUAUUUAGAAUGUUAAUUGUAUGGCUUGAACUUUUUUGUCUAAACUUUUGUGUGUGUGAGUAUACAUAUACAUACUAAAUGGAUGAUGCUGGCCAAUUUUUACACAAACUAGAUGUACCAUAAGUAUAACCGUAGGUAUGAUUGUUUAUAAAACAAUGUCAGCUAUACAAAUCGGGUUAAGCUUGUUUUAAUUUCCCCUUGAUCUCUAUUCUAUAUAAGGAAGGAAAAUAUUCAGUUUCAGUCAGAAAUCUGGUGACUCAUUAAACAACGACAUAUGACUUCCUGAUCAAGGUGUAUUUAACCUGUGUAAAAUACAAUAAUUCUAUAGAGGUAACAAGGAAAAUGAUUUACACUUGAUAAAUACUAUUAAAAAAAUACAGAUCCAAUAUGAGAAUGACCAGUGGAUACGAGUUUUAUGUUAGAAGGUAUUAUUAUUAGCAACAUGAGCUACCUGACAAAAACAUGUUGACUUGACACAUCUACAUGCAUGUUAUACAGUGAAAACUGCAUGUCUAAACCAGGUACAAAUGGGACAAAGUUAAAAAAAAGAGUCCAGUUUUAAAGGGUAUCCAGUUUUAGAGGUUCUAGUCUAUAUUGAUACAUAUACAUGUACAUGUAUUUGAAAAGGGACCCAUUAUUAUUUAAUUUGUUUGCCUGUCCCAGCUGGUUCCUUAUCACUGGCAAAUCAUAGGCCAUGAUAUAUACUGUCCUGUCUAUUAGGGCCUCCAUCAGUCCAAACUAUUGGACUCGAGUACUCAAGGGUCAAACUCGACCCGAACCAGAGUACCUGACACUAGAUGAUAAUGAGACUAAAAAAUAAAGUAAAAUAUAUGCAUAUAUGCAUCUUAAUUCCAGUGACGAACAUGAAUCUGAAAUCAUGCCAUCAAAUUGCAUUUGGAAACCAGUUGAUACAUUCAGUAUUUUCACCUAUUAAAAAAGAGAAACUAGCACAUGAUCAUAUAAUGAUUUAUUGUGUAACUUGUAUCACUGAUUAUAGUUACUGAUGAAAUUAAUGCCCUACAUUGUCUCACUUGUACGGGUACUCACGGAGACUCUACUGUCUAUAGGAAAGAUCUUUUGCCGUUUGGUAGGAAAUGCCUAUGUGGUGGCACUGGAUUUCCUCUAGCCCGAGUACUCUGACUGUAAGAGAGCCAGACGGACAUUUGGACAUAAACACGCUCUCAUUACGUGUUUAUGUCCAAAUGUCCGUCUAGCUCUCUUACAGUCAGAGUACUCGGGCUAGAUUUCCUCUUGCUAUUUAAACCAUUUAGACCAAAUAUCACAAUAACCGUGUUAGACAACAAAUAACCAUAAUCUAAAAAUGUAUUGAGGGGUUAAUAAUCAUUAAUUUAAUUCUUCCCCUGUUAAAUUAAUUAAAACUUUAUGAUAAAUCAUUAUUCACAUAUAACCUUUUCUCCUAACUUGUCAUACAUACACUAUUACGGUAAAUUAACAUACCAUUUACUCUUUAUCUUGUUUAUUUAUGCUGUGAAGUGUUUGUCAGUAAUGUAGAUAACAGGUUUGUAGCCUGAAGAUCAAAUGUAUGUGUAUAUAUAUGUAUACAGCUUUGUAAUAAAAGUAAAUAAUUGUAUAUAUAUAUAUAUUUUUUACUUGAGGUGCUCUUUCUCACUAGUUGCUGAGACUAAGUUUUAAACAAGCUAAAAAAAAUUGUUUGUGGUUAACAGCCAAUUAUUUAAGCCUAUGUGAAUGUUUCACGUUGUAGCUUAUAAAAUGUAACAUGAAGACAUUUUAAAAUUAAUUUGGGUCUACUCGUUAGAAAAGAAAAAGGACAGAAAAUUACUAUAUUGACAGUUGAUGGUAUUUAAGAUUUUUUAAAAUCGGAAGCUUUGGUAUAAAUAAAUUACCUUAAUUAUUAGAAGAGUGACAGUCUAUCCUAGUCACAGUUACUAGAAAGGUUAUAUACAUUGGAACUGGGAUAAGUGUCACUAGGUAUCCAAGAUCCAAGGGGAGGCAAAAUGUUUAGUGGAAUUGUAUAUAUAUAUAUAUAUAUAUAUAUAUAUAUAUAUAUAUAUAUAUAUAAAAAAUGGAAACAAUUCCAUAUUUUAAAGUAUAAUUCAGUAUAUUAUGUUUACACUAACUCGGGUUCAUAUGUAUCAUGCCCAUGCAAACAAAUAAACAUACAUGUGGAUGGCUUUUGGUAAAUUCACUUGACUUGGAUCAUGAGCAGAUCAUGGGCGUUUCUCAGUGGGCAACAUGGAUGGAUGUUCUUUUAACAUGACUGUAACCAAUUAAGGUUCAGGAAUGAACACCUAGGGCACGACUUAAACCAACAGCUAACUUCUAGAAACACAUUAGCUUGCAACAUACACAAGUUUAUUAAUUCAGUUUCAUUGAGAGUUAAUGCUUCUCCCAGUUAUUGCAGUCUGCACAUAGAAGAAUGCAAGAUUCAUGUUGACAACAAGACGGUAACAAUGCUGUAUCAGAUCUUUCAGUAUCUCCUUCCUACAACAAAGAACCAGGAACUCCAAUAGUUUCAGAUUGGCUGUGGACACCAUUUACCUAUAGAUUUUCAAUCAGUUUCGAUCAGUCCACCUUUGUUGACAUUCUUCAUUAAAUCCUUCAAGAGGAAAUGUAAUCGGAUCUCUGAUGAGAUUCUAGUGGAAUCAAAGUAAUCUGUAAACCUCAGGUGAAUGCAUCUUUUGUGCCAUCCCCCCCCCCCCCCCCCCCCACCUCUUUCAGUUCAGAAUAAGCACACCAAAACAACAACUCAAUGGGUACUAGCUUUUACUUUCAAUAAUGCACAGUAGGAUGAAACUCAUGAAAGGCAUUGCAAAGAAACACAGUUCCUGUAAUAAAAUAGAAUCCAGCAUGUUGCCCAAUUCUAGUAUUAAACUUGGUGAAAAAAAUUAUCACAAAACCACUGUUUUGGAAUAUACCAUCAGAAAAUUGUCUGUUUAUUUUGAGAAUUUUUUUUUUUUUAAGAAUUUAAUUUUUUUUUUUUUAAAUGAGAAUAUUAGAAACAACAGAAAUACUAUUUUAUGGAUCCAUCUUGUCCCUUGCUGCUUCCUGUGGAAAGUUUAUUGUAAGAACACACAAAGCCACUAAUAUUAUUGGAAAUGCUAUAUCAAUUGCUUCUAAAACUGGACAUUUUGCUUUGCAAACAAUUUUAGACAUCUUGAUGAACCUUUUACAUCAACUGCCUUCACUUAAAAUUGAAAUGGUCAUUUGGAAUAUUUUUUUCUGAUCAUCAUUUUUAAUUAAGUUUCAAAUAGUCUUGGUCAUAUUUUCAAAAACUUCAAUUAGAAUGUAUUUUAGAAAUCAUAAAUUAUGACUUACACUAAGUCUUCUUGUUAUCUCAAUGCAAUUAUAUAUUGUAUUUACUGUUAAUAUUUAUAUUGGUUGGUAAUAAAGCCUAGUUACUUAUGUAUUUUUGUACUCCAACCUAACUAGAUGAAAUGUAAAAAUCAAAGUACUUUCUAUUGGCAUGAAUGCAUUGAUUCUGUCAACUACUCACACCAAUAUUUAGUUAUGUGACAAAGAUACACUUUUUAACUUAUAACUGAUAUGAUCUUAGCAAGUAUAUUAUACAUGUACCGUAUGUUGGAUUAUUUUCUUACCGAGAGAGGAUUGAAUAUUUGGAAGUAAUCAGUUUGAAAAUAAACUCUUCCAGUACAA